CCCUCUCAUUCCCUUCCAUAAGGGCUCUCUUACUCUCUGCGAGGUUUCACAUCCUCGCAGAGAUUAGAAGCCCAUAACAAAGUCUCCUAGAAGUAUCAUCAUAUCAUAUUUCUAUCACCACCACCUUCAAUCUCACGAGAAUGGAGCUCCAAUCUCCUGCCGCCGCUAAGAAGCUGUGGAACUAUCUCCGCGUUGUCUUCUUCAUGAUGAGGAAGGGUUUUAUUUCUAAAAGAAAGCUAGUUAUGGACAUGAACCUCAUGAUGAAGAGAGGGAAGCUCCUCGGUAAGUCCCUUGGCAAUCUCAUGUUCCACCACCACACCCGACCACCCCAUGCCCCAAGCUUCGGCCUACAAGAGUACGAGUUCUCAUGCAGCAACAGCCCUAGCCCGGUUUUUUUCCACGCGAAGCGCCGCCACAACUACUUUCCUUGCCUAAAUGCAGUGGUCGAGGAGACCGACGAGACCUCACGGCCUGCCGUGGUGCUGCCAAGAAUUGAGUACUCCCCCCAGUGUUCAUUUCUGUCACAAGAACUUGCCCCGGGAGAGAGGUGUAGCCCACUUCCCUCACCCUCGCCUUUCUCUGUGAGGAUCUCGAACUAUUCAACGGAGGAUGAGGAAGGAGAUGGUUGUGGCCACGAGGUGGAUGAUGAGGCUGAGGAGUUUAUCAGGAGGUUCUAUGAGCAAUUACGUGCACAGAGCCGCAUUGCUUUGCUUCAGUACCAGGAGAUGGAGUACCAGGAGAUGCUUGCGAGAGGAGCGUGAUGGAAUUGUACGCAUACAUAUACAUGAUGCAUGUGUGUGUAAAUACGUACAGAUGCAUUGCUUUCACGUAUGGUGUUCAGAACCUUCCAGCAUUUUAGAUGGGAAGUGGGUUUGGUGCGUCGAUCUCAUGUUGCACAACUUUGUGUUAUUUUUUUCAUUGUAUUUGCUCUUCUUUUCUUUUUUCUUUUUGUUAAUGGGUGGGAGGGGUAUUAUGACUACUACUCUUGGUAUAUCUAUGUUAUUAUGAUUAAGGUGGUGUACUGGGCUUUGUUAUGUCAUGGAGAGUGAAGACCCAUCAGAUAAUGGUUCGAAGUGUCAAAUAAACUUUUCUUUAGAGUGGUUGUGAAUACGCAUAUAUGUCGUUGUCUC